AUGGAAAACACACAGCUGCUAUUCGUCCCUUUUCCUGUUAUAGGCCACCUUAUAGCCAUGGUGGAAUUGACAAAGCUUCUUCUUAGCCGCGACCACCGACUCUCCGUCACUGUUCUUAUCAUGAAGCUAUCUAUUUUUGAUUCCAAUGUUAUUAAAAAUUAUAUUCAAUCAUUUGCACCCUCCACUUCUUUAUCAAAUCGAAUCCGAUUCAUUGACUUGCCCGAAGACAAGUUCGACGAACCAUUUAUUUUCGCUUCUUUUAUUGAGAGACAGAAACUUCAUGUCAAACAAGUUGUUUCUGAGAUAAAUCAACCUGGUUCUGAUUCGCCUAGACUCGCUGGGUUCGUUCAUGAUAUGUUUUGCACGGGAAUGAUAGAUGUCGCUAAUGAUUUUGGUGUUCCCUCCUAUAUUUUCUUUACUUCAAGUGCAGCAUUUCUUGGUUUCAUGCUUCAUAUGCUGGUGAUUUACGAUGAACAGAAUGUUGAUCCAACUGAGUUGAAGGAAUCCGACACUGAGUUAGCAGUGCCGAGUUUAGUACACCCAUUUCCCGCUAAGUUUAUGCCUUCUGCGCUGUUACAAAAGGAGUGGCUUCAUCCGUUGCUCGACAACUUCAGAAGGUUCAAGGAAGCUGAGGGUAUCAUCGUAAAUACGUUCUUUGAGCUAGAAUCCUAUGCGAUCGAGUCUUUUAAUAAUGGUAAAACUAAAAAAACUUCUUCCUUGUUUCCAGUGGGUCCCAUUUUGAAUCUGGAGUGUGAUACAAGCAGCAAACAGCAGGAAAUCAUCCAAUGGCUGGAUGAUCAACCUGCAUCAUCAGUGGUGUUCCUGUGCUUUGGGAGCAUGGGAAGUUUUGGUGAGGAUCAAGUGAAAGAGAUUGCCUAUGCAUUAGAACAUAGUGGGCAUCAUUUCUUGUGGUCCCUACGUCGACCUCCGCCAACAGGUAAGAUAGAAUCUCCAAGUGACUACGAGAAUCCACAGGAAGUUUUGCCUGAAGGAUUCUUAGAUCGAACGGCUAAGAUUGGAAAGAUAGUUGGAUGGGCUCCACAAGUAGCUAUUUUAGCUCAUCAAGCCAUAGGAGGAUUUGUUUCUCACUGUGGAUGGAAUUCUACAUUGGAAAGCAUAUGGUAUGGUGUUCCAAUUGCCACGUGGCCAAUGUACGCAGAGCAGCAGUUUAAUGCUUUUGAAAUGGUGAUUGAAUUAGAAUUAGCCGUGGAAAUUAAAAUGGAUUACAGGAAAGAUAGCCAAAUAAUUGUAAAUUGUGAUGAAAUUGAAAGAGGAAUAAGGUGUGUGAUGGAGCAAGAUAGUGAAAAGAGAAAGAAAGUGAAGGAGAUGAGUGAAAGGAGCAGAAUGGCUUUAAUGGAAGGUGGGUCUUCAUGCAUUUGGUUGGAUUGUUUAAUAAAAGAUGUCAUCAGCAAUAUGUCAUAAUGAAAACGUUCCCAUUAUCAAUUUGGAAUAAUAUCAGAGAAUAAAAUUUUCCUACAACAAUGUUACUACAAGUGGAUUUGAAAAGUAAAUGCUUAAUAAUAUUACAUUA